AUGGAUGAGAAUAAGGGAACCGUUAUUUUGAAGUCAUCGAACGAAUGGAGGAGAUGGUUAGAGCAGUUGAGAACAAAGGCGACGAAGGAACGAGUCUGGGAUUAUGUGAAUCCAUCCCCGUUACGGACACACGAGGUGGAACCGGCACCGGAGAAACCAGUUAAACCCCCUUUUCCAGACAGUAUAAUGCCGAAUCAGAACGAGGAUCCAGAAGUUGAGAAGCUUGCAUUGAUGCGCUUCCAAAUGGAAUUACAGUUAUAUGAGCAGCAUUAUCAACGGUAUAAGGACGAAAAGGCGAGGUACGAGAAGCACCAGGAACGAUUGGACGCGGUACGAUCGUAUAUAUUCGACACGGUUGAACUAGGCCACCAUCCCCGAAUUCGGAUGAAGCAAACCGUUCUCGAGAUGACACAGGAAUUGCGGGAGGAAUUUGCUCUGCAACCGGAGCAGGAGCAUGAACUGAUAAAUGAGAGAUAUAGAGAUUUGCUUACUCCGAAACGCGGCAUGAAGCCUAAAGACUGGAUCUCGAAAUGGGAGAAUCUGUUAUUGGAUAUGCAACUAACGGACUUCAAUGAGAUUCCAGAAAAGAGAAUGUCGAGGGACUUUAUUCGUUCAUCAGCUUUUAUUGCACCCAAGUUUGCUGAAUCAUGGACGACAACACUCAUCGAAUUGGAUACCGGACUGGAAGUAUUACAUAGGAAGAUUGGAUUAGACUCAGUACCAGGGAUUCGCGAUAUGAUAAAGAUUUUCGAACAAUGGGUCAAGGCACAACGCAACGUGAUGGACCCUACUCGACGUGAUGCAUCAUUCGCGAUGUUAGGCGGUAAAUCGGAUCAGCCUGAGAAGGAAGAAGAACAAAAAGGGACUCAGCAAUCCAAUCAGCAGACUAAUCAUCAAUCAAGAUCACAACGGAAAGGACAAUCGAGAAACAGAGAAAGAACGUGUCUAUGUGGAGCAAAGCACAACUUUGAGGAUUGCCCAUAUGUCAAUGAAGGAAAAAGAUCAAAGGAUUGGAAAGAAGAUGAGGAUAUUACCAGAAAGUUCAAAGAUGUGGAACGCAGUAAUACAUCGCUGGCGAAGGCACUUAAGGCAGUCAAAGGGAAGCUUAAACCGACAAAUUCAACCAAUAAAAAGGAAUCUGACGACGGCAAGAAGGACAACGAACCGGAAAGAUCGAACUUUGUAUAUGAUGAGGACGAAGUUCAGAUAUCGAUAGGUCCGCGUUUUGAACGAUCAAGCAUGGCAAUACAAGUUCAAACAAUAGCGACAGCCACAGAUUCAGACAAAGACCUCAAGGAUGCAGUUAUUUUGGAUAACGGUACAACGACUAACAUCUUCAAUGACUUAAGACGGCUUCGCAAUAUGGGAAAUGAAGAACGAAUCUGUCUUGUUGGAAAUGGCUCAGUAAAGAUGUAUGGACCAGGGGAAACGAUCAUCUAUCCAACGAAUCCGAUUAGCAGACAGGCAAAGAAAGGGAUAUUGGUGAAGGAGGCAUGGUAUGUUCCAGGAAUGCAUACCAACAUUAUCUCUCAAGGAAUGGCUGAGGAAUAUGGACUUUUCUUCAAUGGUUUGACCCGAAGAUUGGUGACAAAGAAACAAGAUAUUUGUGGACUGAAGAAGGAAGGAAGGCUUUAUCUGAUUGAAUGGGAUGAAAACCGGAAACCUAGGAGUUCUCUAGGAAACGACUUAGCACUUAGUUCUUUCGAGAGAAAAGUAUUGAAGGACCCUGGGAAUGUAUGGCACAAACGACUUGGACAUAUAUCGGAACAAGCCGUUGAGAAACUUCAGGAAGCAACGGAGGGUGCACUUGUCACUUCACCAAGGGCUUUAGGCAGGAAUGAAGAAGGAUUCAAGGAGAAAUGUGAGAUUUGCGAACUUUCCUCGGCAAAGAGACAAAUAAGCAGAGUGGCGAUACCACAUCCAACGCGACCGUUCCAAAAAGUAUUUGUCGAUAUCAUUGUUAUGAGCUUGGCAAGGAACGGAGAUGUGUAUGCACUUCAUCUAUUCGACCCUUUCACAAAAUACCACGCCUUGGCAACAACCCCAACGAAAUCGGUAAAUUUUGACUUGCAAUGGCUAAUUGAGGAUGUUAAACGAACAUUCCAUGUUGUGAUUGAAGUCAUACAUUGUGACGGCGAAUCAGCAAUCAAUGGAAAUGACUUCAAAGAUUGGUGCAAGUCAAAACGGAAAACCCUUGUGACAACAGUUCCUAAUACUCCAGAACAAAAUGGGCCAAGCGAGCGAGCUGGAGGACUUAUCACUACACGAACAAGAAGUGCGAUCCAGGAAGCAAACUUACCGACAGGAUUGUGGCCAUAUGUUAUGCAAGCGAUGGUUUAUAUCAUCAAUCGGACGCCCACAAAAGCAAUCGGUUAUAAGACUCCAUAUGAGAUGGCGUAUGGCAAGAAACCUUACAUUGGAAAUCUGUACUUGCUUGGAUCAAAGGCGUACGUGAGAAUCAACACCAAGAAAAGUGAGAAGAUGGAACCGAGGGCUCAAAUCGGAUAUCUCGUUGGAUACGAGUCUCACAAUAUUUGGCUAAUUUGGACAGAGGGACCACGAGGGACCAAGGUCAUUCGAGCAAGGGAUGUUUUUUUUGACGAAACGAAGAAGUAUGAUCCAGAACAUCCAUUUGCUAGAGAGAUUAUUAGGAACGGUGUGACAAAAAUCACAGAAUCAUUAGACAUACCGAACCUGGAGGACUUCAAUGAAGAACGAGUUGUGGAAUCAGUCGACGAAUAUAUGAAUUUGCAGCAAUCCUCCUCAAUGAAAUUUCCUCUGGAAAUCCCAGUAUUAGCUUCUGGAAACAGCCAGACAGUCACAACACAGCAACACAUACCAGAAAGCAUGGAAAUUGAUGAUCAACCUGUCAACGAGCCAACACAGUCUGUUGUGAUACACUCUGACAGCCAUUUGAUACCCAGCCCGUCAGCAUCCAGUUCGACAGAGUCGAUGCAAGGUCACCAGAUGUCAACGAGCAAGGAAUUGUUACUGGAAAAUCGAAUUAGUGAACAGAAUCAGGAUGACAAAAUGGAAAUCGACGACGUACGUGGCCAGCAAGAUAAUCAGUUAGUUCGAUUUGAUGACACUAAAAACGAAGUCACAUUGUACGGUGAUGAAUCCCAAUUUGGCGAAUCUGGGAGGGUGACUGGUGAGGAUAGUGGUGAGGAAGAAGCUCAACAGGAUGAAGGAGCAGAGCGAGAGAAUAUGGCUCUCACGGCCGGAACAACCACUAGUCCGAGUGGGCAGAUUCCCCAAAUAGGAAAUGAACAGACACCGCUGUUGCAAUUGACCAAUGAGGAAUCAAGAAAUCCUGACGUCACGUUACCUGAGCUACUACUAUCAACUACCCCGCAGCAAAGAAGCGCGCCAAAGGCCUCAGAAAUCGGAGCUGACCUCUCAGAGGGAAAUAUUGUGACAGGACCACGCCGAAGGAUUCCCUCUAAGCGUGCUCGAAGCCCAGAAAUAGCGACAUCUAAGGCGGAGAGGAAGAGGCACCGAGCUUUUUUCGCGAGAAUGAAGUUAUUGCAAGAGUCUUCAGCGUAUAAAGCGUUUUUGGCAGCCGCAGAGAAACUUGAUGGGUAUGAGCCGCUUCAUGAAGAUAUCCCACCAGAGCCCAGGAACUGGAUAGGCGUCAAAAGACACAGAUUUGCCAGGCAAUUUGAGGAAGCUGGGAGAACUGAGAUGGAGUCAUUAAAGAGAAAAGGCACAUUUGAAGUUGUCGACAGACCUGAAGGAAAGCAAAUCCUACCACUGACAUGGGUCUUCAAAUACAAAUUUGACAAAUUUGGGAAGAUUGCAAAGUUCAAAGCACGAAUUUGUGUUCGAGGAGACUUGCAAAAGGGUAUGGAUUUGGAAACACGAGCAGCAACGCUUGCGGCAAGAAUUUUUAGAAUGAUGAUGGCACUAGCUGCAGUUUUUGAUCUUGAGAUUGUACAACUUGAUGCAGUCAACGCUUUUGUUAACAGUGACCUGGAUGAAGAGGUAUACGUUUAUUUUCCAGAUGGCUUCAGAAUUCCCGGAAAAGUCAUACGAUUAAGGAAAGCGUUAUAUGGAUUACGACAAAGUCCGCGAUUAUGGCAAAAAGAGCUUACAGGAACGCUAUUGGAGCUUGGAUUUUCGCAAAUUCCAGAUGAAGAGAAAAAUCGACAAUCUCUCUUUGAGGAAAUUGUUAAGAAACUCACGAGCAAAUAUGAGAUUCGACAAAUGGAGAAAUUCGAGUGGUUCUUGAAUAUGCGAAUCGUACGGGAUAGAAAGCAGCGGAAGAUCUGGAUUUGUCAAGAUUCGUAUAUUACCAAGAUUGCUAAAAAGUUUGGGCUAACGCAAAACAAUACAAAGACACCAAUUUCCAUCGAUUUACAACCGUCAGAGAGUGAAGCCAUGAAUGAAGACAUUCACCUCUACCAAGAAUUGGUGGGAUCAGCAAUGUAUGCUGCAGUCAUGACCCGACCUGAUGUUGCAAAGCCAGUGAACGAACUUGCCAAAUUCACUACAAAUCCGUCAAAGGAUCACAUCCGCCAGAUUAAACGUGUCAUUGAAUAUCUCUAUAAUACACGAUUCCUCGCUAUCGAAUUCUCACCACCGGAAAACAGCGAUUCGGACGUUGCUAUAUGUGCUUCGGAUGCUUCUUUUGGAGACAACGCCGAUCGUACGAGCUCGGAGGCUUAUAUCUUCAGUUUAUACGGAGGUCCUGUCGACUGGCGUGCCACAAAGCAACGAUUAGUUACAACUUCAACUACCGAAGCGGAAUUAAGAGCGGCAACGGAAGCAGCAAUGAAGCUCUAUGUUUGGAAACGUGUAUUCAAGGCUAUUGGUUUCAAAACAGAUCGUGAGCUCUCUAUUCGGUGUGACAAUAAGCAAACCGUGCUACUCUUGACUAGGGAGGACCCUCAUUUUCGAACGAACUUACGACAUAUUGAUAUCUACCACCAUUGGCUACGGCAGGAGGUGCAAUGUGGCAGACUUCACAUUGAGUGGGUUCCUACAAAGGAAAUGAUUGCAGAUGGCCUUACCAAGGUGUUGAAAGGACAACAAUUCUUGGACUGGAGAAAACACCAAGGAUUAACAGAUAUAGCUCAUUUAGUGCAAGAAUGA